AAAUAUGUAAUUUGUCAUCUCCUAUGUUUUGCACUAAUUUUAGCACUUAAUAUUGAAGUUGUUUUGUAGUGCUAUUUCGGCAAAGUUGCAAGUUAUAAAUAUUUCAAAUAUACGAUUUUUUUUAGCCUAUUGUCGUUGUUUGGAGAUUAGUUCAUUUACAUUUCCUUCAAAAGGGAGAAUGUAUGUAAACAGCCAUAUAUGAGCGACCCCGCCCUGAAAGCAGGUUUUCUUGGUCAGAAAAAUGGCCCAGGGACUGGAGUCGCCUCCAGGCAGCACAGGCAGGAGUCCUUUGAACAGGCGCCCAUGUACGUGGCUGUCAUGACAUACCUGGGCUUUGGUAUUGUCACCCUGUUUGGCUACCUCAGAGACUUCCUCAGAGCUGUGGGCUUAGAGAAGUGCCAUGUCGCCCAGGAAAGAGAGGAACAGAAGGAUUUCGUACCACUUUAUCAAGAUUUUGAGAACUUCUACACUCGAAACUUGUACAUGAGGGUACGAGACAACUGGAACCGUCCCAUAUGCAGCCUGCCAGGACCUGUCUUUGACCUGAUGGAGAGAGUUUCUGAUGACUACAACUGGACAUUCAGAUUAACUGGGAAGACGAUACAUAGUGUCAUCAACAUGGGCUCCUACAACUACCUCGGUUUUGCUGAGAACAACGCUGAUUUCCUGAAAACUGUGGCAGACAAAAUGCACCAGUAUGGGGUUGGGGUUUGCAGCACAAGGCAGGAAAUUGGUAACCUUAACAUCCAUGAAGAGCUGGAGCAACUAGUGGCCAGUUUCCUGAGAGUAGAGUCUUCUAUGACUUUUGGGAUGGGUUUUGCCACCAACUCGAUGAACAUUCCAGCACUUGUUGGGAAGGGCUGUUUGAUACUGAGUGACGAGCUCAAUCACACCUCUCUCAUCUUAGGGGCUAGACUCUCAGGAGCGACCAUCCGUGUGUUCAAACACAACAACAUGCACAGUCUGGAGAAGAUGCUAAGAGAGGCGGUUUGCUCAGGGCAGCCUCGGACUCACAGACCCUGGAAGAAGAUCCUCAUCAUGGUGGAAGGCAUCUAUAGCAUGGAGGGCUCAGUGGUGCGACUUCCUGAGAUCAUCGCUCUGAAGAAAAAGUAUAAAGCAUAUCUGUACUUGGAUGAGGCCCACAGCAUUGGAGCAGUGGGACCUACAGGGAGGGGCGUGACCGAGCUGUUUGAUGUGAACCCAGCUGAUGUGGAUGUGAUGAUGGGCACCUUCACCAAGAGCUUUGGGGCUGCUGGAGGCUACAUCGCAGGGAAAAAGGGGCUGGUAGACUACCUGCGCAGCCAUUCUCAUAGUGGAGUAUACGCCUCGGCCAUGUCUCCUCCUGUCACUGAGCAGAUCAUACGUGCCAUGAAGUGCAUCAUGGGAAAAGACGGGAGCUCAGAGGGUAUUAGACGGAUCCGCCAACUGGCAGAGAACACCAGAUACUUCAGGGCCAGACUGAAGGAGAUGGGCUUCAUCAUCUACGGCAAUGAUGACUCACCUGUGGUUCCAAUCCUGCUCUACAUGCCAGGCAAAGUGGUGGCUUUUUCUCGAGAAAUGCUGGAGAGGAAAAUUGGUGUAGUUGUAGUCGGCUUUCCAGCCACGCCGAUUACAGAAGCCCGAGCUCGUUUCUGUGUGUCUGCAGCACACACCAGAGCCAUGCUGGACCAGGUGCUGCACCAUCUGAACGAAGUGGGAGACGCUCUCUGUCUGAAGUUCUCACGACAGAAAUAUUCCUCCUGUCCUGACCUCUAUGAUGAGACAGACUUUGAGCUGGACAGCUGAUAUGACCCUUGACACCUUCACUUCACAGUGUCAAAACUAAGUCUAAGUGUCCACGCCACAGCAGACCCAUAAACGCACAAUGUUGAGUAACACCCACGUCUCACAGCAGAAGAAGGGCCAAAUGUUUGGCAGCUGCUUUUUUUAUAUGUUUGUAAAACAUUGUGAUUUAAUAGAACACUUACUUGUGCUUCUUAACAAGGUAAAUUAUAUGAACUCAUGAGAGUAUGAAAUACUUUAUUUCUAAAUAAAUUUAUUUGUGAAUACAUAAAUGGAGUUAUUGCACAUGCCUGGCUGGAUUGGUCUCAAACUCAAGUAUGCUGUAAAAUACAAUAUAUUGAGUCAGACGAGUUUUUAUUGUGAGACAAGUCACAUAGUGUUAGUUCAGUUAGAAAGUUCAGUUUCUCUGCACUCUUUUGAAGACAUCUUUUUAAAUUUAGAUUUAAAAAAGGGGUCAUAUCAUUUCACACUUUUAUUCUAAGUACUGUCUAUAUUUGGAUAUGCAAAACCUUUUUUAUGAAAGCAUUUUUUGCCUCAUAAAUUGACACCACUUAUUUAUAAAAAUGGUUGUAGUAAUUUUAAAGAGAAUAUAACAUAUAACAUGCAUUGCUAAUAUUUUGAGU